AUGUCAUUCAAAAACCACACCGAUGUGACAGAAUUCAUUAUCUUGGGAUUAACAGCUGCCCCAACUCUGCAAGCUAUUCUCUUUGUGAUAUUUCUAGGAGUCUAUAUUUUCACAUUAAUUGGUAACCUUAGCAUAAUCAUAUUGAUCAGAAAUAGCUCUCAGCUUCACACCCCAAUGUACCUUUUCCUCAGCCAUUUGGCUUUUGUGGAUAUUGGGUACUCCUCAUCAGUCACACCUAUUAUGCUCAUGAAUUUCCUUGGGGAAAUACCGUCGCUUCCCCUAGCAGGAUGUGCAUUUCAACUGUGUUCUGUAGUCACUUUUGGAACAGCAGAAUGUUUUCUGUUGUCAGUGAUGGCUUAUGAUAGGUAUGUAGCUAUUUGUAACCCCCUGCUUUAUUCUACCAACAUGUCCACCAGAGUCUGCACAUUAUUAGUGAUUGCAUCCUAUCUGGGUGGUUGUUUGAAUGCUUGGGCUUUUACUGGUUGUUUGUUGAGUCUGACCUUCUGUGGACCUAAUAAAGUCAAUCACUUUUUUUGUGACUACUCACCUCUUCUGAAGCUUUCCUGCUCCCAUGAUUUUCUUGCUGAAAUUAUUCCUGCUGUCACUUCUGGAUCAAUUAUUGUGGUCACAGUGUUAAUUAUAGUAAUCUCCUAUGCAUACAUUCUCUUUUCUGUCCUGAAAAUGCACUCCACUGAGGGGAGACACAAAGCCUUCUCCACCUGCACCUCCCAUCUCACUGCAGUCACUCUAUUUUAUGGGACUAUAACAUUCAUUUAUGUGAUGCCUAAAUCAAGCUACUCAACUGACCAGAACAAAGUAGUUUCUGUGUUCUACACUGUAAUGAUUCCCAUGUUGAAUCCUCUGAUCUACAGCCUCAGAAACAAGGAAGUAAAGGGAGCUAUAAGAAAAAUGAUAAACAGAAAACACUUACUUUCAUAA